UUUCUUAUCAUCAGAUGUGCCAACGGUCAGUAUGAAGCUGCUGAUUGCAACGUGGCUGGUAGCUUUCCUGGCAGUCAGCAUCAAUGGAUACCAGGUGAAACCCAUCGGUUAUAAUCAAACGGUUCAACGACUCCGAAGUGAUUAUGAUCACAUUCAAGCCGAAUUCCGCAAGGAAUUUCUGCAGUGGAAGAAAACUGGCAUGAAGACAGCUCGUUUCACGGAAAUGAUCAACGCUUGGAAGUAUUCGAAGGAGGCUCGUUUCAAGGAAUUAGAAGAUCUUCCGAUUGAAAAGGAAAGCACUUUCUGCGUAAUGUGUCGCUCGAUAGUAUCGCAACUGAUGCAGCAACGUGUGAACGGAGCUACCAGGGAGGACCUAUUUGCCACAGCCUAUGAGCUGUGCACCGUAUUGCAGUUCCAGGAGGCUGACGUUUGCUACGGUGCCAUAAAGCUUAAUAUUGAUUUCUUCCUGUACAUUUUUGAUCAACGACCAAAUCUCGGUGCGGAUAGUGUUUGUGGUGUUAUCUUUCAGUCUUCGGCAUGCGUCAUCAAUGAUCCGGAAUUCACGGAAUGGUCCGUGAAUGUUGAUCCUAACGGUACACCCAUUACGGAAUCAAAACAUUUCCCAAACGCACGAGGCCCCAAUGACAUCAAAAUAGUACACGUCACCGACUUCCACUACGAUUCCAAAUAUCUCGCGGGCUACAACGCAAACUGCAACCGUCCGGCUUGCUGCCGGUACGAUCAAGGCGUCCCGGAGAAUCCCGAAGAUCGGGCUGGUUUUUGGGGAGAUUACCGAAACUGUGACGCACCUUGGGAAUCGAUCGAAGACACGAUCGAUCACAUUGCCGAGCAUCACCCCGAUGCGGCCUACAUCUACCAUACCGGGGACAUUAUCGAUCAUGGAGUUUGGGAAACUUCGAUCGGUCACAAUAUACGAUCCAUGAACCGGUUGCACAACAAACUGCUGGAAGCAUUCCCGCGUACUCCCGUCUAUAAUAUAAUUGGUAACCAUGAGGCUCAUCCGACGAAUGUAUUUGCGCCAAGCAUUUCAACGAAUCAACAAUUUUCGGUGGAUUGGCUUUACAACUAUCUGGCGGAUGUUUGGGGUAAUUGGCUGCCGAGGUCAACGCUGAAUACGAUCCGUCAAGCUGGCUUCUAUACUACACUGGUACGUCCAGGUUUUCGCAUUGUGGCUUUGAACAAUCAGGACUGCUACAAUUUUAACUGGUGGAUCUUGUGGAAUCCAGGAUAUCUCUCGAAUCAGCUUCAGUGGCUACAUGACGUUCUGCUGCAUGCAGAACAAAAUGGCGAAAAGGUCCAUCUGUUGGCUCAUAUACCGUAUAGUUCGACUGGGUCAACGUUCUUCGUAUGUCAACGUGAAUUUCGACGGAUAGUAGAACGGUUCUACGAUACAAUUAGCGCUCAGUUCCACGGACAUACCCAUCGGGAUGAGUUCAAUGUGUAUUACUCGACAGAACAUCCUGAGCAUGCGAUCAAUGUUGCCUGGAAUGGGGGUAGUGCGACGGCAUUCAGCUUUAUAAAUCCCAACUACAUCGUAUACUACGUGGAUCCGGAAACUUAUCAAGUGACCGAUUACGAAUCCUACAUCUUUAACCUAACGGACGCAAAUCGUUUCCCAGAUCGUCGACCGGAAUGGUACAAACUGUACUCGUUUGCCGAGGAGUUCAAAAUGCACAAUCUAAGUCCAGCCGAGGCGGAUACAGUGGUGAAACGUUUCGGGACACCUGCUGGACGGGACGAGCUGCGGCGGUACUGGCAGUUCAAGGUUAAGAUGGGAGAUCCUUCGCUGGAAUCGGGCUGUACCGAUGCAUGCUUGCUGAAUCAUCUCUGUCAAAUUGUGGUGACCGAGCUGGGUGAUGAUGUGAAGUGUGAUGAGUUGAGGGAGACUUUUUUCGAUUGAAUAAAGUAGCUGUAGUAUAGACUCCAGGAAUAAAUUGUAAUUGAAGCCCGAGCUAGUAGGC